GCAUCAAGUCGAACGUAAAGUAGACCAAGAUCGUCUGAAAUGUUUUUGUACUUAUUUAAAUACUUAUAUUUUCAGUGAUUUUUUUGAAAUAUGUACUGUUGAAAUCGAUCAAUUCAAUAUUGGUCGCGUUAUAAAUUAAACAAAAUAAAAGAAAAUAUCAACGAAAGUUAUAAAAUAAGUGAGAUAAUGGAAUAUGAAACGAUCUACCCCAUCAUAAUGAUAUACCUAAUAUUUUCAUUUCAUACCGCAUAUGCUGCCACAUUCGAAGAAUGUGAGAAUGCGGAUGAAGGGACAUUUGUAAAAAGCUCCGAGAGCUGUCAAAACUAUAUUUAUUGCGAUGGUGAAAGUUCCUAUUCUGGCGAAUGUGAUGAAGGUGAAUAUUUUGAUGGCGAUUCUUGCGAUGAUGCGAGCAAUGUAUAUUGCGCCCUGGAUGAUCAAGAUGUGACAAUUCCUGAGGUUACUGGAGCAUCUGAAGUAACCGAAGAACCGGUCGCAUCGUCUCCAACAACUACUACAAUAACAAAUCAACAGUUACCACAAUCAACGCACACAAGUGGUGAGAGUACCAGUACGUCGGAACCGAUCACCAUUGCCCCGGUAGUGAAAGAUCAGUGUCCUGCAGUCGAUGAUCCGGAACAAAUCGUACUUACGUUGAACAUGCAGUCAUGCACAGACUAUUACCUUUGCUACCAUGGCCACCCAAUUGAAAUGCGUUGUUCCGAUAAUUUACACUUUAAUAUACACACAGCCAAAUGCGAUUUUCCCGAAAAUGUGCAAUGUAUGCUCGAUCGACCGAACGCAAAUAAAUGUCUGGCACAUGUCAUCGAUUUCUUUCCUCAUCCUCAUAAUUGCAACUACUUCUAUUAUUGCAUUAAAGGAUUCUUAACUGUGCAGCAGUGCCCUUUUUACUAUGGCUGGGACAUUGAGCGGCGGGCUUGCGUACUUAUUAGCCAGGCGAAAUGUUUUGAAGGGUCUAGACGAUCUUGAAUGGAAUUAAAGGAAGAAAGAAGUCAUUCUCACAUUUACAUAUGUACAGUGCGCAUUCUUAUAAGUAUGUCGUAAAACAGGAAACGUGUCUUGAUACUAUCCCAAAAAAAACGUACAUUUUUCAGUGUGAACAUUUUUCAUUUUAUAUGCAUAUAUGAAUGUUUGAAAGAAAUAUGAAUGACUUGUAUCAAACACACAUAAUACUUAUAUAUUAUAUACAAUAAUGCCAAUAAAUAAAUAACUGAAGGAA